CCCGCUGGUCGACAGCCAACACCAAGAAGUCAGCAAGAACCGAGCAAAAGUAGGACACGCACGCAAGCUACCUGGUAAGCUGAGACCUCGAGAUAGCAGCAAUGGCCGAAGGAGGAGAGGAGCUGAGGCUGAUCGGAUCGUGGGCGAGCCCGUACGUUGUGCGAGUGCAGAUCGCGCUCCGCCUCAAGGGCAUCAGCUACGAGUUCGUGGAGGAGGACCUGAAGAACAAGAGCGAGCUGCUCCUCAAGUCCAACCCUGUCCACAAGAAGGUGCCGGUGCUGAUCCACAACGGCAAGCCGGUCUGCGAGUCAUCGGUCAUCGUGCAGUACAUCGACGAGGCCUUCGCCGGCACCGGCCCCGCCCUGCUCCCCGCCGACCCCUACGAACGGGCCGUCGCUCGCUUCUGGGCUGCCUUCAUUGAGGACACGCUCCUGAAAGCGUCGAGCCAGGCUUCGAGCGGCAAGACGGAGGAGGAGAAGACGGAGGGGAAGGAGAAGGCGGCUGCUGCCAUAGUGACCCUUGAGGGUGGCCUGAGAGAAUGCUCCAAGGGGAAGCCUUUCUUCGGCGGCGAGAGCGCCGGUUAUGUGGACGUCAUCCUCGGCGGCCUCCUCGGGUGGGUGCGCGCCAUUGAUGCGAUGCAGGGCGUCAAGACCUUCGACCCCUCCACGACCCCGCUCCUGGCCGCGUGGGCGGAGCGCUUCGGCCAACUGGAGCAGGUUGAAGCGGUCAUGCCGGAUGUGCAGAGGCUGACGGAGUAUGCCUAUGCCAAGGUGAUGCAGGCUGCGGCGGCAGCUGCCUCGACCAACUGAAUGCUUCUUCGCGCAGUGACGCAGUCGCAGAUCUGAUCGUUUCCAAUAAAAGAAAAAAUCGUGUGUCUGUCUCUUUCAGCUUCUGUUCAGAAAAUAAUGUUAUUUCCCAACCCAUGGUGUAUAUUCUUGAUAUGUUUCCUAUGUUUGCAGAAAGAAAAUAGUUAGUCAUAAUAUAUUCCAUUUAUCGGGUUUUUUU